UCAUAUCUCUUUUGCUUUGCCUGUUUUAUGAGGUAUGUAGCAGACGAAGAGGGACAUAAACACAGUCACGAGUGUGAUCUUUGCGCUCUCUGUGCUACAGAGCUCAGCUUUCCUGUGAAGCAGCAGCGGAUUCACACUGUUCCGCAGUCUGAAUCGGAUCGGAUCAGUUUUAUCACCCAGAGCAAACAAACAGUGGUUGAGAGACACUUAACUGAUUUUACAGUCAUUCAUUUCCAGAUUCGGCUCAGUUUGGAGGUUAAUACUCACCUUGUAGCUUAGAGCAGGAGACAAUAAACAAACACAUGGUGCGAGUGAUGGUCAGGGAGGAAAGACUGUGGUUUCAGUCUCAAAACAAAAGCUUUUUCUUUAUUCUACACAUAAAAUACUGAGCAGUUGUUUUCAUAGUUCAAACCUCCUCAGUGUUUGGCUGAGUGUAUUUUCUGCCCAUCGCUUCAUAGUUUAUGACACUGGACAUUGGAUCAUUUCAUCACAAGACACUCCGGCCCUCUAAGUAUGAAUGGUGCCGUUAACCCACUGACUGCUCUCUGCUUGAAGUCCUUCUGGAGCCGUGACAGUGAAUUAGCGUUAAUAGCAGCACGGCUUUGAACUGGAUCCAUUUCACACGGUGGUUUCCUGGUUCCUCGGCGCACGCUGCAGUGUUGCAUCUAUGUCUUCUAUUUCUGGAGCGUGAGGCCGCCGCAGUGCUCGGGCUGUGCUGCUGCAGCAGACCUUCACAUCACAGCGGCGCUCACUUCUCCAUCUCUGGCCCCCUGAAACGCAGAUGGAGCCUCAUGCCUUGAACGCGCUACAUGCUGCCAUGUUGCGUUUGUGGGCGUUUGGCCUCACCCCUUAUCUAGUGUUAACCAAUGGGAGCAGAGACUGACUGCAGUGUGUGUGUGUGUCUGUGUGUCUGUGUGUUUGUGUGUGUAAGGCAGCACACAUAGACAGUGUAUUCUCCCCUUAUGUAUGAUAGUCAUCCCAAUCUUAUUAAGCUCCUUAGCUGCUGUUGUGUCCUUCCUCCUCCUCCUCCUCGUCUCCCUCCCUCUCUACUUCAUUCCCCCCCCCCUCUCUCUCCCUCUCUCUCUCUCUUUCUCUCUCUCUUGUUGCUGCUGCUGCUACAGAAAGCGACACAGACCAUUACACUGCACUGCUGGAAAGGCCCCAAGCUCGCAUUCACUUCUGCUAUUUGGAUUUUCUCGCUUUCUCUCUCGCUCGGACACACACACACAGACACACACACACACACAGACAAACACAUUUUGCCAGAUGAAAAUGUCAGGAGAGGAACUGCCAAAUGGGUGCUCGCGGUCCGACCUGUCUCUGGCUCUGGAGGACUGCAUGGCUGCCCUGGACCUGUUCCUGCAAAACCACUUUGAGGAGGCACAGGCCCGGCUCAGAUGCAGGAGCAAAGAGAGCAUGUACCACGCGCUGACGUAUGCCACCAUUCUGGAGAUGCAGGCCAUGAUGACCUUUGACCCCCAGCACAUCUUGGCUGCAGGAAACACCAUGAAGGAGGCCCAGGCCAUCUGCCAGCGGUACCGCAAGAAGUCAAGCUUUUCCAAAAACUUCACAGAAGAGGAACUCCACGCUGAAGUGUGCUAUGCCGAGUGUCUCCUGCAGAGGGCAGCGCUCACCUUCCUUCAGGAUGAAAACAUGAUCAGUUUCAUCAAAGGGGGAAUUAAAGUGAGGAACAGCUACCAGACAUACAAGGAGCUUCACGCUGUUCUCCAGUCAGCUGGAUACACUCACGGUGACAACCAUGGCCAUUUCGAGGGCGGUGUUAAACUGGGAGUAGGAGCCUUUAAUUUAAUGAUCUCCAUGUUGCCCACGAGGACGCUCAAGUUGCUGGAGUUUGUGGGAUUCUCUGGGAACAAGGAGUUUGGCCUCCAGCAGCUGCAGGAGGGCUCUGCAGAAAGCACGUUCAGGUCCUUCCUGUGCAACAUGCUGCUGCUCUGCUAUCACACGUUCAUGAGCUUCAUACUAGGAACCGGCGAAGGGGACGUGGAGGACGCCGAGAAACUGCUGCAGCCGUACAUCAGAAAAUACCCCAAGGGCUCCAUCUUCCUGUUCUUCGCUGGUCGAAUAGAGGAGAUCAAGGGCAACUUGGAUGCUGCUAUCAAACGUUUCGAGGAGUGCUGUGAGGCUCAGCAGCAGUGGAAGCAGUUCCACCACAUGUGUUACUGGGAGCUGAUGUGGUGCUUCACAUACCAGAGGCACUGGAAGAUGGCCUACUUCUACGCCGACCUCCUCAGCAAGGAGAACUCAUGGUCCAAGGCGACCUAUGCGUAUAUGAAAGCCGCCUACCUCAGCAUGCUGACGAAGGACGACUGCCUAACCUUUGGGGAGACUGCGCUCACGCUGUUCAGGCAGGUGCCGUUGUUAAAGCAGAAAAUAGCUGGCAAGUCUUUACCAACAGAGAAGUUUGCUAUCAGGAAAGCUCGUCGUUACCUGGCAGAAGACCCCAUUUCUCUUCCUGCUCCUCCACUGGAGAUGAUGUACAUCUGGAACGGCUACACAGUAAUUGGCAAACACAAGGACCUUACGGAGGGCAUGCUGAAAACGCUGGAUGAAUCACAGGCUAAACUGGAGAGUAGCCCGAGGAACGAGUUCACCACAGAUGAUCAGUGUCUGCUGAGCCUCCUGAAGGGACUCUGUCUCAAACACCUCAGGCGCCACGAGGAAGCCGAACACUACUUCACUCUCGUACUUUGCAACGAGGCUCAGAUCAAGUAUGACCACUACCUGGUUCCCAACGCGCUGCUGGAGCACGGCCUGCUGUGUCUGGAGCAGGGCCGCAGAGACGAAGCUAUCAAACUCCUAGAAGCUGCGAAGCAAAAUUACAAAAACUACUCCAUGGAGUCGCGGACACACUUCCGUAUCCAGGCAGCUCUGCACAAGGCCAAGGGCGCUGGGGAGAACGGCAUCCACGUCAACUCCAGCCCAUGACAGGGGGAGGAGGGCACAGGAGAGCAGCGAGAUCAUUCUGGUCCCACAGUUCCACGCCGCAGCGCUCGGCCCUGCUCACCCACACACAUUCAGGCGGCCUAUUUAUUGUUUUCAUUGUAUAAGCUGCCCCGACAGGAGACAGCAGCUCUGUGGCCUUGACUGGCAGAAGCAGGUUUGCUACACGCUCUUCCAGUCAUAUACUAUUUAUAUCUUAUGAUGAAAUGUACCUUCUUGCUUGGUUUAGAAUAGAAACUAAUUGAGAAAUGUGCCUAUAUUUACAAAACACUGCUUUUAACUGGCUUGUUUGUCUCAAAAACAAGGCGGCGUUUGUAUAGUACAUACAUACAUAAAUGUGCCCAGUUCAGAAUAGUGGGGUCAGAUUUGAUGGAGCCAAACUACUAAACAUCCCCUAUAAAUUACUGAUGCUUACUCCAAGUGGUUGAUAUUAACUUUUUAAGCUGGUUGCCUCAUUUCUUUUAAGUUAAUGUAAUUUUACACCAACUGUAAAACAUAUCAUACAACACCCAACCCAAUCCAUGAGGACUAGAAGAAUAUUUCAUACUGUGUCCUUUAAUAUACUUUGAUUGAUAUGUUUCACAGAAUAUGCUUCGGUUAUGUUACGUAUAUAUUGUUCAUUGGGUUUUUUAGAGUUCAUUUUUAUUGUUUGUUUGAAACAUCCUUUCUUCCUUUAAGACAUGUGGAAACAUAAAUAUACCGACACUGAACACCUUUUUUUAGUCUUCUUCUACUGACACGAUCAAAUUUGCAAUCCUGUUAUAUUUACAGUUACAUGUAACGGCUUUUGCACAAAUCUUUGUAAAUCAUCAAGCCUGGGAAACGUUCCAGAGUGAAAAUGUUUUGACAUGCGACAUAGGUUUCCUUACAUUUAUAUACUAUAAAUGGCACCUUUUACAUGAAUUGUCCCGUUUUAAGAGGACAGAUGACUGUGUCUUUUAGAAAGGCAGACUCCCUCCUUACUUCUCUUGGUGUGUGGGACUGGCUCCAACAGUACUUGAGCUUGAACAAACAGGCCAUUCACGCUGAGCAGUGAAGGACUGCGUGCUUGUCCGCCUGUUGCAUCUUUAGUGGAUGAAGAAGCUCUGAGCAGCAACCAUCGCAUCACAACUACCUACAGAUGGAACUGAAGAUCAAAAAAAUACUCCUAAAUCAAUUAUUAAUUUGUGUUUGAAAAAAUACAGUGAAUUAAUUUAUUAGACUUAUAGAACUGUGCUCCUGUUCAGCUUAUUUAAAAGGGAUGUGUCUCCCAUUAUAGUAACACUUAAACUCUGAUGGUGUCUCAAGUGUUGGAAUUAGAGCAGUGCUGAUUUAUUCAUGAUUAGGCUACAGUUAUACAGUUAUGACUGUUUCAACAGUAGUCAUGCUAGUAUAUUCUGAUAAUAAACACAGUUUUAUUUUACUCUAGUAAGUUAUUAACCUUAUUUUGUUUUUGUUUUUUUCAUUUGUUCUUACUGGUACAUUCUUAGCAAAUUCGGUGGCAUUGUGAUGUUUACAAUCAGCAUUCUACAGUGGGCAUGGCUACCACUGAGAAGAAUGACAUUCCUGUUAAUACUGAAUGUAUCUGUGAUAAUAUAAGAAGAAAUGAACUAAAAAUCACCACAUCCUA